AUGGAAAAUAUGCAUCUAAGGCGAGUUAGAACCAUGCCCCGACACAGCCAGUCUCUGACCAUGGCACCUUACUCAUCUGUAAGUCUAGUGGAGCAACUGGAAGAUAGGAUUCUCUGCCACGAGAAAACCACCGCUGCUCUUGUGGAACACGCCUUCCGGAUUAAAGACGACAUAGUCAACAGUUUGCAGAAAAUGCAAAACAAAGGAGGAGGCGACCGCUUGGCCAGGCUUUUCUUGGAGGAGCACAUCAGGAACAUAACCGCCAUAGUAAAGCAGCUCAACCGGGAUAUUGAGGUACUCCAGGAGCAGAUCCGUGCCCGGGACAACAUUAGUUAUGGAACUAAUUCCGCCUUAAAGACUUUGGAGAUGCGACAGCUCUCCGGAUUAGGAGAUCUCAGAGGAAGAGUAGCACGAUGUGAUGCCAGCAUAGCCAGGCUCUCCGCAGAGCACAAAACGACCUAUGAGGGGCUGCAGCAUUUGAACAAGGAGCAACAAGCUGCCAAACUCAUUUUGGAAACGAAAAUUAAAGACGCAGAGGGACAGAUUUCUCAGCUUUUGAGCAGAGUAGACUUAUCAAUAUCAGAGCAAAGUACCAAACUGAAGAUGUCCCACAGAGAUAGUAACCACCAACUGCAACUUUUGGAUACUAAAUUUAAAGGUACAGUUGAAGAACUCAGUAAUCAGAUUUUAUCAGCACGGAAUUGGUUGCAACAGGAACAAGAACGGAUAGAAAAAGAACUUUUACAGAAAAUUGACCAGCUUUCCUUGGUUGUUAAAGAAAUCAGUGGAGCCAGUGAGAGAGACGUGGAGAAGAAGCUCAGCCAGAUGUCAGCCAGACUUGACAGAAUCGAAGAGACUCAAAAGAAGACCCUGGAAGUACAGAGAACAAAGCAAGAAGAGGAGAAGGUUCAUGGACGGAUCAACAAGCUUGAGUUACAGAUGAACGAAGAUAUAAAGGAUGUGAAAGCAGAAGUUAACGAUGGAUUUGCAGCCAUCUAUGAAAGCAUCGGAUCCCUCCGACAAGUUCUUGAAGCCAAGAUGAAGCUGGACAAGGACCAGCUCCAGAAGCAAAUCCAACAGAUGCAGAAGCAGGAGGCACCAGUGUGA